UUUACUGGAUGACUUGGAUUUAAAUGUGCAUGUUUAUUCAUAUAGAUAGAAAAGUGCAUUCUGUUUAAGCUUUAGUUUUGUUAAAACUCUUUGAGGGCUCUGUGAUAACCUUUAUUUCUAUACAGGGGAAGACAGGACUCCUCGCUACUACUCUGCAUAACUGUGACUGUGAUCAGUGUCUGCCCAGUACAACCAGUCUGACAUGGGAGCAACCCAUCCGGCUCAAAAUUUUAUAAAUCUACAUUUUGGGGAAAGAAGCUGGGUUAGAUAGUGUUUCAUUAUAGUUUAAUUGAGAUUCCUUUGCUGUAAAGUUGGAUAUUUUGUAUCAUUGUUAACCUCUUGUGUGGAUUAUGUGAGCAGUGAUUUUCUGUUGAUUGCACUUCUUGCUAAUGAGGUGAAGUGUUUGGGAGUUUGUAAUGCUCUUAACAAACAAUGUCCCUAAUAACGAGGCUGCGGACCCUCCCCUCCUCACGUCCCCUGUCCGGUCCGUCUGGACUGUCCUUUGUCCCCCCACAUGCCAUCUGCUGCAUGCUAUUAUAUUAGGCGGCUUUAGCCUUUAAGUAGUAACACUUCUGAUGCGCCCUUUCCCCUCGCAUUUAGCGCCAAUCCCCUCAUAUGCGCAGGAGACGCAGUCCCCGUGUGUGCGUUUUCUACAUUUCCCCCGCUCCGCAAUCUCACCGACUUUAUUUCAACCUAACGGCGGCUGGCUGCCCCGUGACGUCACCGCCCCAGCGAGAGUCCCCGUUCUUGUGUGCGGUCCGAGGGAACAGCUCGAGCGGGAUGCUCGCCGCCCGCCGCCCGGACUGCUGCGCGCAGCGCUGAGAGCUCCCCGUCCGACCGAAUGUCAACGGCGAGGCCCGACGAGCGAUGUUCCGACGGGUGGCAGCGUUAAAGAGAGCCGAGGAUGAAAACGUGGACUCCGGAGCUGAAACCGCAGAGUUAAACCUGGGACUGUGUGGAGUGGGCGCUCACGUGCUUCUUAUUUUGUGUCCCACGCAGAUCUGACUGCAGCAGGAUGUCAUCAUCUGGCAUUGAGCUCAUGACGCGGCGACUCAAGCAGCAGCAGCAGCAGCAGCAGCUCCUGUUGAUGAACCUGCACCUGCUGGCCAACCCUGGAGACUCCCUCCUGCUGCAGCACACGCUGGACCGCCUUCUGCGCUGGCUGUGCCCCAGCCUCCGCAUCUUCCACGUGUCCGAGAGGGCCUCGCCAUUCAGAGGCUACACCCGUCCCUGUCCUGUGGCAGGCUACCCUUCUCUGGCCAUUACUUUCUUCCUCCAUGAAGCAUAUGGCGAGGAGAGGAUUCUCAAAGUGCUGGACUUCUUUCAAAGGCCUCCCUGGCAGUACCAUCACACUGAGAGCUGUGGCAGCAGAACUGGCGGGGUCCACAUUAACCCCAGCAGCUCUCCUGCCAGCGCCCUGCUGCGGCCCUACCUGCUGCCCAGCCGAGACUUCUACAGUUUGGGUGCAGGGAUGCCUGUGUGGGGAGUCCGCCCGGUGCACUGUGGAGGAGAAAUUCUGCGUGUGACACUGUACAGUGCUUACGACAAUUACGAGGACGCUGUGCGGCUCUAUGAGACGGUGCUCCAGCGACAGGCGGAGGAGCAGAAGACCGGUUUCUGUUGGUUCACACUCCACACAGAGCCAGGGUUGUGCCUGCAGCUGGCUUUGAAGCAGUUGUCACCAGGGGUCCGGGUGGAGCCCUGCAGUUCUGCUGUGCUGCAAUUUAGUGUGGACGAAAUUGGCCAGCUGGUGCCGCUGCUGCCCAACCCCUGCACGCCCAUCAGCAAUACACGCUGGCAGACAGAGGAUCUGGACGGCAACAAGGUCCUUUUCCAGGUAAAAACCCCCUCUCAACCUCAGCAGCCACUGACCUGUGCUUUCCCCGUGACCUGCCCCAGCGUGUCCCCUCGUGGAAUCCAGCUCAGGAGCUCAGGACAGAGCCACAGUCUCUCGCCCUGUAGCCUGACAGCGCCUCUGUCCUGGCAAACACUCAAGCAAGGACCCAGACCACACAGUGAUCCUGUGUUGGAGAAGCUUCAAGGGGGAGCAGGAGGCAAAGCAGAGAGCUACGGCUCAGGAAGCUGCUGUAGCACCCCUCCUGGCAGCUCCUGUUACUCAUCCCAGCGCAGCAGCCCUGCACCACCUUCAACCUCCAACCACGCCGAUUCUCCUCUUCGGCCCUCCAUCGCCCGUUCUCUCUCUCAUCUCCUUCUAGAAGAAGAUGAAGAGGAGGCAGAGACCAAUGUAGACACGGGUGUGCCUGUCUCCCCGCUCCCUGACACAGUCAAAACAAUUGCUCCGUCUUCCUCCAUGGACCUCUUGAUGACUCCAGCCGUUGGGGAGUCAGCUGCUCAGAGUCGGGCAGAGGAGUUGAGUGAGUGUCUGCCACAAACAUACAUUCGUCCCAAGACAUGGGCCACUGCUGAUUGUACAAAUGCAGCCACUGAAGGAUCCAGGACCACAGCAGCAGGACAAUGCCAGCGUAAAGGACCUGUGGCUGAGAGUAGGACUACAGCACAGAUUCUGUCAGCACGCAUGAACAACGAGGAACUUGAUGAGUUCUUCAUCUAAAUUCCUGCAGUGCAUAAACAAACAUACCCCAUGGAGGAGACUGUGCAAAAUGGGAAACCCUGUAAAGGGGCACAACCCCCCUGUUCAAACUCGGCUGUCAGUUAGGAGGAAAUAUGGUGUUAAGCUGAAACCUUUGGCUUCCUCCAAACUGUGCAAGCCAGACCUGAUUUAGUAGACCUUACAGAUCAAGUUACUGUACUUUCAGAGGUAGCUGUAUGUUAUACUCUGCAGUCAGUGUCUUUUGAUCAAAUCUUGAGUGGCCCAUGUCCACUAUUAUUCAGAAAUAUUUGGAUUCAUCUCAUGACUUAUGCAUCUGUGGUGCAAACUUGCAACCCUGUGAAUAGCAAACGUCUGAAAAAGCAAUGUUCUCAUCAUGUAGUUGUUCUUUGACCUUUCUGUUUCUUGUGACUAGAAAUCUGAUCUAGCCAGAUUCCACAGAGUAACACUGUCAGGCUUUUUAUGGUAAAAGUAUAGUUUAAAAUUGAAAUGAUCCUCUCAAGUGUAAUUUUCAUAAUUGAAGCAGAAAUUAGUGUAUUAUGAUGUCUUACAUAGGCUAGAAAUAAUGUUCAAAUUACCUAGGGACAACUACUAUAUUUUAAAAUAAUUUAAUUAUUAGUAUGUAUGGUGUGAUAUACAUACAGGCAAAGAAAGUCACAGAAAGCAAAACAACAAUAUGCAAACAAAUCAGUUGUAGUGCAUCAUUCAGUGUCCUGAUGAAACCCAUGCUGUUCAAACCCUAUUUUCCAAAAAAACAAACAUUUUAGUGGCCAUGAAAUAUCUUUAAAUAAACACAUUAACAGAAACUUGGAUCUGAUAUCCACGUGGUACACUGAUUAAAUCGGGUUUAUCCAGUGCAUAUAAACCAAGGUCACGCAGUAUGUUUUGCUCACUGAGGACAUGCAGGGCAGCAAGAUGUGAAUGUGUUCAGCUGUUUACGGCUAUUAGGUAUUACUGCCUAAUGAGGAGGUCUACAUUAUGUGGAUCGUUAAAUUGUAUUUAUAAAAAUAAUAAAUGCAUAUUAAUAUUA